AAAGCAACAGAAUAAAUAAACAACUGUACAGGUACCACUGGUGGUAUGUGGACUCUGUGUUGUGUUACCCUGGGAGUCUUCAAGAUGCUUUAUUUCAUUUAUUUCAAAUUACGUACAAAUAUCAUGAAAAAAUGUUAUAUUUUAAACUAGUUUUUUAUCUUUCUUGAAAACAAAACAAAGCAAAACAGUAUGAACAAAGUAAAAUAUAUUUGAAUUGAAUUGGCCUACCCUACUGUGCACUGUUUUAAUGCUGGUCAUAAUGGUGGUACAUGAGUCAAUUGUUCUCUGAGGUGGUAGCCUACUCAUUGUGAAACGUUUGAGAACCACUGUUCUAAAGGGUUUUACAAAGAGAUCUAGUAGGCCUAAUUAAAAGAGCAAAAUUAAUCUAAUGCUAAUAAUCCAAUGCUACAAUUUGACAGAUAACUAUGAUGAUACUCAGAAAACAUAGAGAUGGUAAUCGCUUAACCUCACAGUUCAACCACACUUCAUCACCCUCUUCGUCACGAAGCCUUUGACAGUUUUUUUUGUUUGUUUGUUUGUUUUGUUUUCAGGUUUCUCCUCCGUUGCCUGACUACUUUUCCUGACCAUUUGAAACUUUGAAAAAAAUCUUAGAAGCGGAUUAAGUUUGCUCAGGCGACCACCUCAUGGUAUCACAUGCUAACUACAUGACUUCACAAAUAGUCUAGCAAACGAUACAUGGAAUUCAAAUGCGUUCCUUGAAAGCCUGUAGCCUACUGUGAUGUUCUGGUGGACACCGAUGCCCGAUUUUAAGAUUGCUGAAACUGAGGUUAGAAGAAUGCUGCCAGAGGAGAAAUGAGGUGUGAGCCAUCAUGGAAAAAUAAUUGUUGGGAGCAUAAAGACUAGAGAAGAGAAGACAUGGCCGACUUCACACAUGUAAGCACAGGGGUCUACCGCAGAGAUUCGGUUAAAAAGAAGGGGCAGCCGGAAACUCAAGUUUGUGAAGAAGGAGGGGGGUCCAAGUGGGGCUGCAUCUCCAUGUUGGACAAGACACAGGAGUUCUUUCAGACAUGUGACAUUGAGAGCAAAGGAUACAUCACCCGCACAGACAUGAGGAGGCUGCAUAAGGAGCUACCUCUAAGUGAAGAGGAACUAGAGAAUGUCUUUGAUUCGUUGGCUUCAGACAAGAAUGGGUACCUUACCAUUGGAGAGUUUUCUUCUGGUUUUAGUGAUUUUCUUCAUGGCCGAAAGAUAUUGAGGGUCGAAGAUCAAGGAGCCAUCUCCAAGAAGACCUCAGAAGCAAUUUACCAGAGCCAGUGGGAUGAUGUGUUGAUGGAGAACAAGGAGGAGGAUAGACACUUUGGAAUGUUGCUUGAGAGCCUUGGAGCUACUAAUAUAUUUGAGGAGCCAAGUGAGGUGCGCAGUCUUUGGGCACAGCUCCGUAAGGAUGAGCCGCAUCUCCUUAGCAACUUUGAGGAGUUUCUGGCUCGGGUCACCUACCAGAUCAAAGAUGCACAACAAGAGAAAAAGGAGAUGGAAAGUGCCCUUCAAAGGAAGGCAGCAAUACAUGACAGUGAAAUAAGACGGUUGUAUGAAGAGAUGGAGCAGCAGUUGAAAAAUGAGAAAGAUGGAAUUAUCCUAAAGGACUCCGAGAGGCUUCUUUCCAACAGUCAGGACCUGCAAGAGCAGUUGAGCACCAAAGAACAGGAGUUGGAGCUGCUCUUCCAGAAACAGAGAAGGUUGGAGCGCCAGUGCCAAGACCUGUGCAGUGACCGGCAAGUGAGUCGUAUCCAGAGUGUCAAGCUCAAGAUUACCAACGAGGAGCUUCUGCGGGAGCUCAGUCACACCACACAUGAGCUCACCAUGGCCCAGGAGCAGUUGACCAUCCUACAGGAGCAGGCCUCCCGACUGCAGCAGGAAAGAGAGAUGGAAAUGUACCGCGUCACAGAGGGACUUCACAGAGAGAAGCAGAGCCUUAUGAAACAGCUUGAUCUUCUAAGAGAGAUGAAUAAACAUUUAAGAGAUGAGCGAGAUAUUACUUUUCUGAAAUCUAAGCCUCCUGUUAAGAAGUCCUCUCGAAAAAUAAGCAGAAUUCCUUCACUGAAGCGUACAGGCAAGAUUAAUUAUUUUAAGAGUGUGGGGGCCGCAGAAGAAGUUACUGAGAAAAUGGAGAGUAGCGUAAAGGAGCUACAAGGGGGCCCUACUGAAGCACGAUUAGGUGAGCGUCCUGAUGCAGGGGGAGAGGGUCUAGAUUCUCCACCUGGAGGCUGGCCUUUGCGCAGGGUCAUCUCCAUUGAGGAAGAUCACUUACCUCACCUGCUUCAGGGAGAGACCCCACCCCUGCUACAUCAGCUCAGUGAGGAAGACGAGGACGAAGUGCAACAGGAGGAGAGGGACGAAGAGGAGGGAAACACAGACUUGGAGUUAAAUAGCACUGACACAACUGUAACAACACACCAGCAGUCCCACCAUCCAGCCUUGGUACCUAUUGAUGCACCUGCACUGAAGGGUAGGAAGAAGUCCAGAUGGCCAGCCAAGACACCCUCGAGCCCCCGUGGUCAGCCAGUUGGAAAGGAGACAUACCAGCAGGAGCAAAUGGAGAGUGCUCUACUUGUCCCGGAUCGUCUUUUUAAAGUCAUCUUGGUUGGUAAUUCUAGUGUGGGGAAGACUGCCCUUCUGCGUCGAUUCUGUGAGGACCGCUUCCACAGAGCCACCUCAGCCACUGUAGGGGUGGACUACAGUGUGCGCAAUCUUAAUCUGGGAGACAUGAAUGUUGCUUUACAACUAUGGGAUACUGCUGGACAAGAAAGAUACCGCAGUAUUACUAAGCAGUUUUUCCGAAGAGUUGAUGGAGUAGUGGUCAUCUAUGAUGUCACGGUGGAGGAGUCAUUUCAUGCAGUGCGACCAUGGCUUUGCAACAUACAGGAAGCAGUGGGCGAUGACAUCCCAAUUAUGGUCCUUGGCAACAAGAUGGACAUGGAGAGUGAAAGAGAAGUAUCACUGAAGGAGGGCCACCGACUGGCAGAGGAAUCUCAUCUGAUAUUCUAUGAAGUCAGUGCAUAUACAGGAUACAAUAUUAUGGAAUCAUUGAUUCAUCUGGCCAGAGUGCUAAGGGAUACAGAGGACCAUGAGAAAGAGAUAACAGUUCAGCUGUCAACCCCCCACGUAAAGAAAAAAUCUUGCUGCAAGUAAUUGUUAACUGUGUAACCCUUGAAGUAAUUCAGUGAUGAAUAGCAACACAACAUCUUCUACAACAUUCAAGAAUUAAGUUAAACAAAAAGUUCAACAAUCCACAAAACAAAUCUCUCAGGUUCCUGGACAUGUAUUUCAAGAGCUUCCCCACUUCUCGUCCUUUCAAACGCACUCUUUGGCAACUUCUUCCUCUCUUCACCUGUAUGGUCAAUCAGCUAAAGAAUGAACACCUGUAUGUUGUUGUUGCCCUACGCUUAAUUUUCUUCAGGUACAUUCUUACAUCAAUUUUUAGACUGCACAGUAGCUCACUUGGUAAAGGAAGUGAAUUGCAAAUAGAAUGUAUUGGGUCUUGGCCCAAAGGCUGCUCGGAGCCCCAUUCAUAGUUAUUAUUGGCCAGUCAUUAUUCUUUCAUUCAGAAAUGUUUGACAUUUCCUUGAAAAUCUUGAUGUUUAAGUUUAAUGCAUUAUACUGUGGAUGAUCUGAGACAUUGGUAUUGAGAUGAUCAGUCAACUUGAAUGCGAGAGAUUAAUCAAAUGUGUGCAGCAUGCUAAUGAGGCUAAAAGGAUUCAAUAAUAAUUCAGCUAGUCGUCUGUUACACGUCAUUGCUUUCAUGAUUGUGAAUGGUUUUUUUUGCGUGGCGUGCGUGUACGUGUGAAAACAGGCAGAACCAUGGGUUACACGGCAAAAGUGCCUUGCCAGCUAUGCUCUGUCUUGGAUUCAUGGCUAGGCUCAUUUGCGUUGGUUGGUAGGUGUUAAAGGAGUCAUAGAACGCAUUUUUUGACCAUUACAAAUUGAUCUUUGAGCCUAAAUAAUGUCAUAUGUAAAUUUGUGGGGCUGAAAACGCCCCAGGAGCACUGCUAGAUCGCCUAAUACAAGGUCAUAAAUAAGCCUUGCAAUGAAACAGUUUGUUUUUCCCGCCCACUCAGCAAGUUCAUGAAUAUUCAAAUGAGAUGCGCGCUGAUUGGUCUAUUGGCCGAUAUGUCCUGAAAGUUGAUUGGCUCAAUCCACCGGUCUGAAGCUAGAGCAAAGUGAAACUACGUUUACUGCUGGUAAAUAAAGCCAAAGUCUUUGAUAAAGCUAUCAACAAUGGAUUUAAAUAAGGAAUACAGCCGUACAUGUAUAAACCGAGUCAGAAGAAAGUUCUGACGAAGAUGAAGUGCAGCAGAUUCCCCAACAGAAUGAAUGUGUUAGAUUGGUAAGUUUUAUCAGUACAUUUCUUAGUAUAGUAACUCUCCAAAGUUAGCUGUAAUAACGCUAGCAUUACAACGUCUCUGCCAUAGACCACAUAUCUAGAUACUAGCAUCGUAAGAGCAGUUUAACAAGAAUUAUUAAUCGAAGGUAUGCAAAUGAGAGGGGCCGAGGGGUAUAUCUAAAGGGGGAUGGGCGCCUAUUACGUGUUAUCUGAGCUCUGUUCAGAUUGGAGCAUUUCAACACGGCUGUUUCUAUUUCCCAAUUUGCAUACGAAAGCAGGCGGGGGACGCGGUAAAGUCUUUGGUGUUGUCCUUUGGACACUGCUCGCAGCCUAAAUUCAACAGUAACAAGGUGAAUGUGGUUUUGAAUUCUAGGACUCCUUUAAGAUUAUAGUUAUUAUGGUUUGUAUGUAACAUCAGCUGUGAGACAUGUAUCUAAAAGGUAUCAGGGUCAUUCCACGCCAAAUCAACCAGAGCCCACGCACUUGCGUCUAAAAAAAAUCUGAAAAAAAUACCAUGUGUGCCUAUGUUACCCAGGAGACACUCUGUAAAAUGUUUUUGUGCUAAGAUAAAUACUUUUCAAGUAACAGCCAGUUUUACAGAGGGAGGGGGGUGUCAAAUUUGUUCUAACUCUUUUUUUUGUCAAAGUUCACAAGCUCAUUGCUCAAGAACUAGAAUCUGUAGGAGGCUCAAAUUUUGCAGGCUGGUGCAUAAAUAGGAAUAGUAUGCAGUAAAAUCACCACGAGUAGUCUGGAUGAUCCUGCAUGGUCAUAGCAGUCCCUCAAAGUUGAUCAAAAGUAUAUUGGAGUUCUUGGCUGGGCUCUGUUUAGGCUUACAGAAGACAUAUUUUUACUCAACAUAGGCUCUUGAUUUUUUUUCUCUUAUUGAGAUCAGUAGAAACACUCUCCGAAAAAGCAAUGAAGAGAAAAGAAAAUCCAUCAGGGACUGAACAGCAGACCUCACAAGUUUGAAAAAUAAUUUUGGAUCUCAUAUUCAGAGCACCCUAACACCUUGUGGGAAUAUACAAAGAUUUUUUUUAUAUUUUUUUCGUUAAUCUGCAUUACCUCUUCUUUUUAAAAACACCAAUUUGACUUGUCUUAUGCGAAUCUUUCUUUUUCAUUUUCCACCCUAAACAUGGACAAAAUGCACCAUUGAGAUCAAUAUGUUUUGUCCCCACCCGGCAAUUUCAGUGAUUCAGUGAUUUUAGUGGCACCUAGUGGUUACUCUAUACAAAACAAAUCUCUCAAUAGAAAAUAAAUUCAUCUUACUUUAAUCUUUGUUUAAACUGGUUUAGCUAAUCCAGUGUUAAAAUUGAGAUGAUUAAUGCAGCCAGAAAUCAUUUUUUGCCCACAUUAUGGUAUUACCUCAGGAAGUAUAAACGUCAGCAACACACAUUGAAAAUUGAUGGCCUUAAUUCAAACCUGAACUAAUGAAUAUAACCAGUGAAUAUAAUAUUAGAGACAUUCUUUAAAAUUAUUUUUAAAUGUCAUUGAAAUAAUCGAUGUCUGGUGAAUGUAGUUGUAGAAUAAUUGUAUUUUACUAUGCUAGUUUUUAUGUCGUAACUUUUUAGCAUUUGUUUUACAUGUUUACUAUGACACUCCAGAAUAUAGGCAAAUUUAUAAAAUUGCCAGUUGUCAAAGACCAGUAGAAUGUUUAUAAGUAGUGGACGAUUUGAAUAUUCUUAAUCAUAGCUUUUCUUUUCUUACAAAAUACAUCUAAAAUGUGCCUUG